CCGUAGUCUGAAUAGAAAUUUUGGAAUCGAUAUCGCGCAAGCGAUUCAACAGCUACAUCAAUAAUCGUUUUCGCAACGUCAACGUAAGGUCAAGGUCAACAUUCAGGGCACAGAUUCAGCGGCGUGAAACAGGCAAACAGCAGUCGAUUUAUAUUUUUGACUUGUCUGGAAAACCGAUUUUGUCCAAGGAGAUUUGAGUCCCUUCUUCAACGAAAGAGAGUAAAUCUACUUCCAUUGGAAAAGAAUGGCGGAAUGUAAACCUCUGAGUCCUGAGGAAGUGAGUGCAGCCUGUGCACAGGCUUCACCUGACACCAAAGACUUUCUUUUUCAACAAACAAUGUAUCGAAUUAAAGAUCCUAAAGCCAGCCUAGAUUUUUAUACCAGAAUACUGGGCAUGUGCUUACUGAAACAAUUUCACUUUGAUGAAAUGAAAUUCUCAUUGUUUUUUAUGGGAUAUGAAAACCCAAAUGAUAUACCUGGGGAUGAGAAAGAUAGAGCUAAGUGGGCUUUAUCUAGAAAAGCAACUUUAGAGCUCACACAUAACUGGGGAACUGAAUCUGAUCCAGAAUUCAAGUAUCAUACUGGAAAUUCUGAACCUAAGGGAUUUGGCCACAUUGGAAUAAUGGUACCAGAUGUUGAUGCUGCAUGUGAAAGAUUUGCAAGUCUUGGGGUCCAAUUUGUCAAAAAACCUAAUGAUGGUAAAAUGAAGGGCAUUGCUUUCAUCAAGGACCCUGAUGGCUAUUGGAUUGAGAUAUUUAAUAAUAACCUUGAUAUCUGAAUAACUCUCAGCUUUAAGCUGUGGAAACACAGUAAAUUAUAUAUCGCGGUUGGUUAUUGUGUGAGGAUCCAUGUAUUUAAAGAAUAUUGAAAUGACCAGCAUGCAACUGAUUUUGUAUUUCUUAUAUGUCUUAAUGAAACUCUAUAUGAUAGGCGGAAAAUAGAAUUUAGAAAGGGA